GUGCCUUUUUAUUUGGCCUCCUUGUGCUGGAGCAGCUGUAGUGUCGUUGUCGCGCCGCAUGGGGCGCUGUUUCCCUCGGCCCCUAAAACAACCUCCGCUUUGCGCAUUGCUGCCGCAUCCAACGCUGGAAACAUGGCGCCGGCCCUCGGUCGUUUGGCCCGACUGUCGGCUCUCGUACACGGCCGCAGCGCAGUGCUGAGCCGUGGCAGUGGACCGGGCGGAACCGUGACUCUGGGCCGGACAGCGGUGUGCACGUCAUCCGGUGCCGUCCUGCCCAAACCCAAGAAGACCCCCUUCGGCCUCUUCCGGAUCGCUCUGGUCGUGGUGCCCUUCCUGUACGUGGGGACGCAGAUCAGCAAGAGCUUUGCAGCGCUGCUGGAGGAGCACGACAUCUUUGUCCCUGAAGAUGACGACGACGAUGACUGAGGGGGUCUGAAGAUCUGGUGAUCAGAUCACCUCCUCUUGUCCUGACCACCGGGGUGGUCCGAGCAGCUCAACGCCUCUUGCUGUGUUUAAGUCGCCCCUGUCUGCACCAGAUUAGUGGUUUUUGCUGUGCUGAACACCGAGCCAGGGCUGUGCCAGGCUCACCGUGAUGUUGUACUGUCUCUGCAUGCUCUGCUGAAGUUUAAAUAAAAAGGCACCCACGUAGAACAACGCAGAUAA